ACCCCCCCUACUGCGAGAGGCCCGCCCACCGCCACAGGUUCGUCGCCACCAACACCUCCGUCACGCUCAGGUGCCAGGUGGAAGCCAACCCGCCGGACGUCACCUUCACCUGGAAGAUCGGCAUCUCGCCUCCUAAGAGCCAUCCCGAAGGCGGAGGGAACACCGCCCCCGCCACCGUGCCGCACUCUCCAGGGGAUCCGCCCUCGGAGGUUGUCCCCGCGUCCAGCUUCCUCCCGCCGGCGGAGUCCUGGGAACCCUCGCAUCACCACGCAUGGGAAGUGCAGUCCGACGAAGGGAGCGCCGCCUCCGAGGUCGAGCACGACGUCGACGGCGAGCACCCCGACCGGUCCUCCGUCACCCUGACGCCUGCCGCAUCCACGGUGGUGGGCUGCUACGCCAAGAACCGCGUCGGCCACAUCAGGGUCCCCUGCACCUACACGCUCACUGUUGUCGAACCGCCUAGACCGCUACACGACUGCGGCGUGACGAUGGUAGGCGUGACCCGCAUGGUGGUGAAGUGCGAGGACCCCAUUCAUGCUCAUGACGACUCCGCCCACAACGGCCAGGUCGAACACUCGCCCAGCCUAAGCUUCGUGAGGUCGCCCGAGGCCAGCACCAAGGCCAACCUGGAGGUGUGGUCAGAAGGCGUUUUGCUGGUCAACAUAAGCGACUCUAGGCCUGUGUUUAAUCUCCAUGGCCUACCGCCUUCCGCCAACCUGAGCCUGGUCCUGUACACGGCAACGCCCCACGCCCGCUCCUCGCCGCUCUACCUGGACGCCCGCACUCUCCCUCGCCCCGUGUUCUACGCCUCAG